UUGCUUUUGGUUACGUUUGGAAAGAUCAGAUGGUGAACGGGCGGAAGGGAAUAGAAUUGGUUUAAAUUAAAUUGAUUUAUAAACAGUUCAGUGUAUGUAAAUUAGUUAGUGUUGUGUAUACUACUUUGCAUAAAUUCAAUAAAAAGUUAAGAAUUAUAAAAUCUAUUAAAUUACAGUGGAAUCUUGUGAAAAAAAUCAAUACAUAAUUUAUUAGAAAAAAUAUUGUGUUGCAGUAAUACAAAAUAAAAGUGAACACAGUGCCUCGAUGCAUUACAGUUUUUUCUUUAUAAUACGGGAAACAUAUUAGCAACUUUGUGAAAAAUAUAACUAAAGACAAAAAAUUCCGAAUCACACUUUAUUUGCAAUGACGCAAACUACGGCAGCUGGCUCAGGCGGUUCGAAUGUCAGCAACUUGAUGACGACAAGUAGUACACCGAUACGCAUUGGGAGCGGAUUGAGCAGCUAUCAUGGUAACAGUUCAGCUUCUGUUGCUACCCAUCAUGCAAUGACCGGAAAUGAUUCAUCUUCACCCGGUGGUGGCGGUAGUGCUGGCACUGGCACAUCUGCUGUGCCUCAAUCUAGUAGCGUACCUUCUGGAGCAGCCGAUACUUUACGUCAGCAAUUGCAAAGCCAAAUUUCCUUGUCUAUGGGCGCCUCCAAUCAGUCGUUAGGUGUUAGCGCUGGUGCUGUAGGAGUUUCUAGUAUAACACCACCCAACAGUGCCGGUCUGCGGCAGACUGGAGCUUUUGAUUUCAAGUUUAUGCGGCGCGCAUCCUCAAAAGUUCUAUUGCCAAAACUUCCGUCCACAGAUAGCUUGAGCAACAGUCCGGGUCCAUCAUCGCCAGGACUUGCCAGUUGGGCAACAGAUAGUCGUGACAAAUAUGAUGGCAAUCAAACAGAUAAGACGCCGGGAGAUCCCUCCAAGCUAAACCGGAAGGAGUCCUACAAGGCGCAACGCAAGAACUAUCGUCGGGAAAAGAAACGUGUUGCUUCCGAAUUGCUGAAUUCGCUGCAGGAUCCCACUGUGGUGGUGCUAGCUGAUUGGCUUAAGGUACGUGGCACACUGAAGUCAUGGACAAAGCUGUGGUGUGUUUUAAAGCCCGGCAUGAUGCUGCUCUACAAGAGUCCCAAGCUGAAGAGCAGCCAUUGGGUGGGCACAAUUAUGCUGACCUCAUGCCAGGUCAUCGAGCGGCCGAGCAAGAAAGACGGCUUCUGCUUUAAGCUUUUCCACCCACUGGAGCAGUCGAUAUGGGCGCCGCGUGGACCAGACAAGGAGACAAUAGGCGCAGUCGUUCAACCCUUACCAACCGCUUACCUGAUAUUUCGCGCACCCAGUCAGGCGGCUGGUAAAUGUUGGAUGGAUGCACUGGAGCUCUCCUUGCGCUGUUCAGCACUGCUUUUGCGUUCUAACAGCAGUUUGGGCGCUGUACAGGGCACCAGUGCCAGCGACAAUGCGCAGAUAUCGCAUGAAACCCAGUGGUCGGAGGCGGAUUACGAAAAGCAUUUCAACGAACAUGACCCACCUCCUGAACGCUUCUCACCGUGCGGUAGCAUGCAGAAACAAUAUUCGCAGUAUCUUAUGGUGCCCGAAUUGAGCAAAUCGCACGCCAGUUCGGACACAAGUUUGGCAUCUCGUGCACAGACACCAAUUUUGCAGCAACUGUACAUGACAAUGACCCAUUGGGAGCGUGUUGUUGCCAAUUCGGCGGAGAAAAAUUUACGCAAACUACGCAAAGCCAAACAUUUAGGCAAACGUGAUUCAUUCGAAGGCAUGAGUUCAAUGGGUGAUCUCAGUGAUGUUUCGAGUGUUGACUUUCCAUCAAUGCUGGAAACACACCAAUCGUUAAAAUUGAAGGCACGUCGCCAAAAUCAGUUUAUGAAAUCGGCUUCGUUAGGCCCGAUGGCACAUGAGACAUCGUCAUCCAUUGAUUCGGUUGACGAAAAUGUGGAGCUGCAGGCAAGAUCAGGCGCAUCCAGAGCAUUGAGCGCACCACCUUUUGUGCUCAACGUUAAGGAUCUUGAUGGCGAUAGCCAAAACGAAGGUGGUCCAGCCGCUAUGUCAGGGGUCGAUACAGAAUCAGAAUCGGAUCAGGAGGCUGUGGUCGAAGACGAAGAGCCCGAAACACCAUAUGUGCCACUCACCGAAGAGGAGUUCGGCUCUGUGGGUGAGCAGGUGGAGGAGCUCGCAGACGAGAACAAAAGCUUGAUUUGGAUACUGGUUAAGCAAGUGCGGCCAGGCAUGGAUUUGAGCAAGGUCGUUUUGCCGACAUUCAUACUCGAGCCACGUUCAUUUUUGGAUAAGCUGUCCGAUUCAUAUUAUCAUGCAGACAUCUUGUCGAGGGCUGUCACCGAAGAUGAUCCCUUUACGCGCAUGAAGACCGUUGUACAAUGGUAUCUAUCAGGUUUCUACAAAAAACCGAAAGGCUUAAAAAAGCCCUAUAAUCCAAUAUUGGGUGAAACGUUCCGUUGCUAUUGGGAGCACCCGAACGGUAGCCGUACAUUCUACAUUGCCGAACAGGUGUCACAUCAUCCACCAGUGUCGGCGUUUUAUGUGACCAAUCGCCAGGAUGGUUUCUGCAUCAGUUGCUCCAUCUUGGCUAAAUCGAAGUUCUAUGGCAACAGCACAUCAGCUGUACUGGAAGGCGUUGCCACACUCACGUUGCUACCUCGUGGUGAAACGUAUACAUUGAAUACACCAUAUGCCCAUUGUAAGGGCAUACUUGUUGGUACACUGUCCAUGGAGUUGGGCGGCAAAGUUAACAUUGAGUGCGAGAACACCGGUUACAAGACGGAACUGGAAUUCAAGCUGAAACCAUUCCUGGGUGGCUCGGACUAUACCAAUUUAAUUUCGGGUAAAAUUAAGUUGGGCAAAGAGACCAUGGCCACCAUAAGUGGUCAUUGGGAUACCGAAAUGACAAUCAAAGAAGCUAAAACUGGCGAAGAAACUGUACUCUUUAAAGCGGAUGCGGAUACGAAGCACAAGCGUCUGGUGCGCUAUGUGGUACCGUUGGAUGCUCAGCUACCAAACGAAUCGGAACGUUUAUGGGAGAAAGUAUCGCUAGCGAUACGUAGCGACGAUCAGGUUGGCGCAACCGAGGAGAAGACCGUGCUGGAGGAAGCGCAGCGCAAUUCAGCAAAGGAACGAAAAGUAUUAUCAAUUGAAUGGAUGCCGGUUCAUUUCAACUUCGAUCCUAUAAUAACACAGUGGAUGUAUAAUUACGCUGACUUGCGUCCGUGGGAUCAACGCAACGAUUUGAAGCAGUACGAAGCGAAUUACAAAGUGCUCACGAAGACACGCCAUCGGGCGCCAAUGGUGCGUAACCCGAGCAUCGUGACUGCCGAUCCAAUGCAGUUAAUUAAAUCAUCUUCUCUAUUGAAGGUAAAACAUAAAAGCCUUUCGAUUUUGGGUCUGCCACAUGAUGAAAAAACCGAUUCGAGUGGAUCAAAUCCGGAUGUGAACAAGGAGCCACAACAGAAAUCAAACAAAUCAAUACGAAAAUUGGUAUCAGCCAUUGAAAAGAUGAAUCAUACACUGGAGGAGCAAACGAAGCAAUUGCGUGUGAUCCAAACAAAUUUGGAGCGAAUCCACUAUAAUCCCAGACUAAUGGCGCCGUCUACAUCUACCGGCCGUUACGCCGACAUUGUGCCGCGCACCGUGCCACAAACGGUGGUCAUAAAAUCAAUGGUUUAUGCAUUCGUUGGCUUAGCAGCCUGCUUUGUAAUGAAAUGGAUGUUUAAGUAAAUCGAGCAUCAACUCAGUUGAAGCGGUGAACGAAUCGAUAAGUUGAAUUAGUUAGGUAAAACGCUUAUUGUUCAAAUAUUCAUUGAUGUUGUUGUUGUCAGCGCAACGAGAUCGUGUGCAAUAUGUUUCACACAAGUAAAUAUACAUUCAUACUUACAUCAAGCGAUGUAACCGUAAAUAAUGCUUAAGUUACGGUUUUACGGUACACAUUUUUACGCUAACUUUAAAUUCGUCUUUAAAAUAAUAUGUUACUAUAGUAUUACCUCAAUUUGAAUUAUGUUAAGCUAUUUUAAACAACUUCCUUUGUACUUUUCGCGUUUAGGUCGUAAACUUUUCGAGACACACUUCACUGCAUGCAUAUUGCUUUGUAUGCAGGGCGGUUUGAAAUUAUGUAACUAUAUACAUAUACAUAUAUGUUUAUAUACAUAUGUAAGUCUAUUGUGUAUUUGCGUGAAAAGUGUAAAGAGCUGUGUAUGUUGAUAAGUGAGAUAAUAGUUUUAUUUGAGCUUUUGUGUGAAUAAUGUUACCUAGGCAUUACCACUGAAGAAUUUAAGAGAUUAAGGGUCACAUUUGUGAGUGUCGGAAAAAUGGCAAUUACAAAAAAAUGCUUAAAUUGUUUUAUACAAAAUAUUUAUUUAAGGUUAGAUUUGAAGAAUAUACAAGAAAGUUUUUGAAAAAAAAAAUAUUUUUUGAGUUACACGCGUUAUUCGACGGGGCUAGAAAAAGCUGCUGCUGUGAUUCCGACUUGACGAGAUGAAACAUAAAAAAAUAUUACUGCACUUGAAGAUAUUGUCUGUACAAUGAUCUGCGGUCGAAAAAAAAAAAAAUUCCACGAAGUGUAUUGUUUUUAAAGUAGAAUUUUACCCAAAUUUUUGGUAUUUUCGGCCUGACAGAAUAUUGUUUUUGAUAAAAAAAAAAAAUUGAUGGGUCAUUGUAUGUAGAACUAUAGGCAGAAUAUGCAAACAAAUUUGAUUGAAAUCAGAGAUUGGCUCAUUUGUCUUCGCGUAAUCACUCAAGCAUAUUUGAAAUUUUUUUUUCUUCUUUACUGGCGUAGACACUGCUUACGCGAUUAUAGCCGAGUUAACAACAGCGCGCCAGCCGUUUCUUCUUUCUUUUUGAAAAUUUUAAUUUUGAGAAAAACGCGUUUAAUGUUAAACUGAUAUGUUAAGCUGUGCUAAUUGAGCUGAGCAGCUAUGUACAUUUUAGAAGGCUGUAACUCAAAAACUACUAUAUUAAAAGUCAAAAUUUGAUAUCUCAUUAAAAUUUUAGUAUAAUAUUAUUUCACACAAAAUGUGCCCCUUAAAAAAAUUUUCAUUAAAAACUUGAACUUCGACAGUUUUCACUUCUUUACUAGUUGAAAAAUUUAAUUAGGCUAUAGUGCAGGAGUCUGACCUAGAAAUCUUCAGAAUUGUAAGUGCCAAAAUCUUACCCAUCGUUUAUGUAAGACUUUGACACUAAAAAUUCUGGAGGUUUUUACGUGACUCCAAAAUCGAACUGUAUGUGGUUCACACAACUAUUCACACGUAAUCUUUUCCUAUUUGUUGAUAAGUUUUUAAAAGCUGUUUUGAGGUUAGUUGCUUUGAAAGCAAAAGGAAUCGGUAGAAUUUUUAACUAUAAUUUAGUUGUGUAUUACAACCAUUCAUUGUAAACUCACUGUAAACAUACCUAAGAAAUUUGAUUUCAUUAUAUACGAAGGCUUUUCAAAAGUUAUUUACAUAUAAAUUCUUAAAUUCCUUUAUAAAUACUACAAGUAUAUAUUUUUCAAUCAUUAUAAAACAUAUAUUAAGAUUAAAAGAAGAAGAAGCAGAUGUUGUUAGAUGUGUGUUGGGAUUUGUGGAAAAGCUGUUGUUCGUGCUAGCGAGAUAUUAUGAUGUAUUUUAACUCAUAUGUAUUUUUAUUAUGUAUCGUGAUCGUGUCGUGAUUUGUAUCAACGAAGUAAGACAUUUAAAAUUUAAACAAUUAAUACAUAUUUAUAACAUGUUCUGAUUAUCGCACCAAGCAUCGACGGUUACAUUUAGAAAAUAACUGUCUGUCUCUCUCUCUCUCUCUAACUCUCUCGGUCACACAACACGCACUUGAACUGCAUAUAAAUUAAAGUAAUUUUGAAAUUUUCCAAACAAAUAAAAGCACCAUGACAGGAAUCACAACACAAAUUCGCUUAUUAGCCACGAUUAGACUAUAGAAAUUAUUGCUAUGUACGCUAAAUAAAAUUUAUUCUGUUAAGAACAUAACAAAAGGAGUAAGAUGAAGAUGAUUACCUACAUAAGUACACAAAUGCUGUUAACAUUUCAAGUCCAAUAAACGAAACUCUAUACUUUA